AUGAGGACCUUGAACCGAAACUUGGCCUGUGAUUGCAGGUUGGCGCACACCACCUUUCAAGAAGGAGGAUGUUCAGGCGAUGAGGGCUCGGGCUCGGGCUGGCUGCUUGGAGCUGUGAAGUCAGAAUCCGAGCAGGCGCCCUUCAUGGCCUCGGCAGAGGUGGUCGCCGUCGUCCGCCGGGCUCCAACACUAUUUGCCGGGGAGGAGAGGUGGGGACAGGGCAACGGAAUGGUCUUGAGACAGCUGGAGGUCCAACCGGUUCGUAAUGUGCUGAAGCCUUUGCUGAAACUGGCACAGGGCUCCUCGCACGACUGGCUUUGGGGCUGGUCUCCAGAGAAACCACCCCACCAGGCGGAGUUUUUGCCCGACUUCUUCCGGGGCUUGGUCUUCGCAACGCUCAGUGAUGCCAAUGGUCUCGUCGAAGGGUUAGAUGCUGCUACCUUGGACUACUACGUCCAAAGCCAUCCGAUCUUGGAAAACUGCCCGGCCCCGGCCCCGGCCCCUGGCCCGGCCGGGGAGCCAAAAAGCACCCAGGAAGAAGGUGCCGGACCUGCAACCGGAGCUGCGGAGGGCGCAUCGGAGCCUGAGAAGCCGGCUCCAGAGAAGGCAGAGGUUGAAAGCAAAGCUGACGAGGCUAGCUCAAUCCCGAAAGAUCUCACAAGUGCUUCUCCGGUGGCCAAGGCUGACACUCCGGAGGCAGAACCGAAGGACACAGAUGUCAAGGUGACCACAGUGGCCACAGUGCCACCAGACGCCGCCAAGACGCCGAAAACCCAAGACGUUGGCGAAGCCGAUCCGAAGGUGACAUCCGAGACUGCCGAAGAUGCAGGCUGCGCCCCGGAUGUGGCAGCCACACCUCCUGCCGCUGCAGAUGCACCGUCGCCGGCUCCACUCAUGCUGGCGAAUGGGCCUGCAGGGAGAGGGAAACAAGAAGUGGUCAUGGAAGCGGGGAACAUCGAAAGAAAGCCAGAAUAUAGAAGACACCUCCAGGUCCGCGCUGACCAGUCUGCACCGCGCGGCUGGAAUGACAAAGAUCUUCAAUUGGAUGCUGAAGUGAAUUGCACAUGCCAGUUCCGUGGUACCCUUUUGGCUCCAAGAGCUGUGCACGGCUCGCCUAGGGGUUGGCGAAGACCCCUAAAGAGCGACGCCAUGGGGGAAGAAGAGGAGGAUGAACGACUCGCGAAAACGGGUCCCGAGCUUUUCAAAGAGCUUAGACGCCUUUACGCCGUUGCAGAGGUGGAGGACUACUUCAAGAACGGGAUGUGGCGAGACGACCUGAUGAAGACAGACCUCCAACUCAUAGAAGUUCACCGGCGCGAGGCCGGAGCUCCGGAUCCUCCAGAUCUGUCGGAGGUCAAGCUUCCACCAGAUCUCCCGCGCGGAUUUGUCCGGCCCAGGACCAGCCUUAUAUCCACGCCAUCGCCGUUAGCGGCCACAACGGUCACGACAGCAGUUGUGCCUCCCACAGGAGGCUCUGCAGUAGCAGACUUGCGGCUGAUAGCACUCUUCGUCGCAAAAUGGAAGCUUGAUGUCACUCGGACAAAGACCGCUUUGACCAAGCUGCUACCCUCUAGGCGACGGUACGUCAUCGCUCACUUCAAGCCCAAGGGAGACGCGGCGACUGAUGACGAACUGGAGUCGUACAUUGCCGAGUGCGAGUCCUCGAAAUCGUGGGACACUGCAACUGUGUUGGCGAACGGCUCCGCCAAUGGCGUCAAGCGCCCGCUGAGUGCUGUUUCUGGUACUAGCACGGUUGACGACCCUAGCAAGAGGCUUCGGCCCACUCUCGUUACGCCGGCUCGACCGGCUGCAACUCCGAAGCCUUCCCCCGCGACCUUGGCGAUGGCUCAAAGGUUGCAGGCGGCUUCGGCAGCCAGGCCGGCACCCCUGCGACCAUUUGCCGGGGUGGUUGUGCCUGCUGGGCGCGCUCCCCUCACGGUCAGCGCGCGACGCGCGGCCCUGACGGUCACUGCGCGGCCUCCAAUUCCGGUAUCGGCAUAUCCGAGGCCUGUCAUUCGACCACCAGGAGUCGGAGUU